UUAAAAAAGCAGAGGUCACCUUUGUUUUUCAAAGCAAUCAUGGACACAAUUCUCCAGCACCUGUUUUCUUCUGAGGAGGAAGAACUUUAUAUUCUGGACUGUUUAUCGUACCUCAUGAUGCUCAUGGCGUUGGUGACGUUUCUGGCGUUGCUCUUUGAGAACGUGCCUUAUGGGAGAUACUCGGACAGGAGAUAUGGAUUCCCAGUGAGUGUCAGAGUCGCUUGGUUUAUUCAGGAGCUGCCUGCUUUAGUCGUGCCUUUGGCUUUAGUGUUGUGGACUUCAGCAUCCAAGACAGUGCAUCUGCCGAACCAGCUGCUUCUAGCCAUGUAUUUUUGCCAUUAUAUUCAAAGGUCUCUCAUUUAUCCGUUUUUAAUCCGAGGAGGGAAACCCACACCGUUUGCUUCCUUUGCCCUGGCGUUUGUUUUCUGCAUCUAUAAUGGCUAUCUGCAGGUCAGAUACCUGAGCCACUACGCAGAGUUCCCCUCUGACUGGGUUACACAUCCCUGCUUCAUCACAGGGUCCUGUCUGUGGCUCUUUGGAUGGAUAAUUAAUAUUCACUCUGAUCAUAUUCUGAGGAACCUGCGCGCUCCUGGAGAAACAGGAUAUAAGAUUCCAAGAGGUGGAAUGUUUUGGUACGUUUCAGGCGCUAACUUUUUGGGUGAGAUUCUGGAAUGGGCCGGAUUUGCUCUUGCUGGUCACUCGAUCCACAGUGCGGCCUUCGCUUUCUUCACCUGCAUCGUCCUCUCCAGCAGAGCAGUAGCUCACCACAAGUGGUAUCUGACGAAAUUUGAGGAUUACCCCAAAUCAAGAAAAGCUCUGAUUCCAUUUGUGUUUUGAUAGUAAUCAUGUUGCCAUGUUGCUGUUGCUAUCAUGUACACUGAAUAACAUGUGGGAAACAUUGUCAGUGUUUUUAUUCACUCAUUGUGUUGUGAAUUUAAUAUGACAAACUGUGAAAUCUA